AUGAGAGGUCUUUAUAGUUAUGAUGCUGCUACUGGGGAAACUUAUUCAGGUUUGUCUAAAGGUAAUAGUAAACACGAAUAUUUUACAUGGAAUUUUUAUGUAAUAUUUUUUUUUAUUGGAAUCAUCUGGGGUUGGAUGAUUAUAUAUGCAUCAUUUAUGUACAAAAUGGUUCCUUUGUUAGGAUCUAAUGAUAUAUAUAUAAGUGAGGCAGAGUUUGAUGAAAUUUUAGCUUCAUUUGGAUACAACAUUGGUCAAUUAGGAUUUUCAAUUGCUACAUUUUGUAGACAACAAUCUAGACCAUCAUUAAAUAAUAUAUCAGUAAGAACAGCAUUAGCAAAUCAAAUAUUAACCCAAAGAUAUAUGGCAAGGAAUUCUUUAGAACAAGUAAUGGUACUUAGUAUACCAGUAACUAAAUUAGAUUAUACUCAGCAAAUAAAUGACAUAAUUAAAAGAGGUGUAAGUUUUUUACAAAAAUUGAUACCUAAUAAUAUACCAUACAAUGAACAACCUGGCCCUCUAUCUCCUGAUCCUCCUCCACUAUAUAAAUCACAACGUGAGAGUAUAACAACAAAUGAAUUAAUACAUUCAAUAAAUAGCACAUCAAGUACAUUUCUUGCAGCAAAUUACUUAUGUAAUAUUAAUACUAAAAGUUUAAUUAGUGAGAGUCAAGAAAUAUCAAUACAAUUAUUUGAAAUAGUUGAACCAAUAAAGCUAUUUAGAAAAAGUACACAGGGGGAGUAUUAUAAUAUAAGAAGAUCAAUUUUAUAUAAAUUAAAAUCGAUUUGUAUAGUUCACUAUAUUAUAAUAAGUACAAUUCCCAUAAUAUGUUUAUUAGUAACAUUUCUGGGUACAAUAGAUGUUUUUCAAAAAAGGAAACGAAUAUCUAUAGAGAGAAAUUGUAAAAAAAACCUUUAUAAACUAAUUAGAAAUAUCAAAAAAAUUGAUGAGUUUAAUAUUAAGAUUUUAAAGGAGAAGUUUUUACCGGUUUGUGAGUUGUAUAAAAUAAUAUAUAAUAUAUGUAUUCAUGAAUUUAUAUAUAUAAAAGAAGAAAAUAGAGAGGAUAUGAAAUUAUAUGACUUAAAUGGACAUAUUUCUAAUAUAGCAAUAGAAAUCUGUAAAAUAAUAGAUGAAUUUAUUAAUUGUGUUUCUAUAGGCAUUGAAUAUUGUACUAUAUUUAGUACAGUUGACGGUAUAGAUAAAUUUGAUACUGUCUGUAGAUAUAAUGAAUGUAUUGCAAAAAUAUCAGACAUAUUUAAUCAGAAUAUGAAGGGAAAAGAUGAUUUUUAUGUAAUAUCAGAAAAUAUGCAAAAUGAAAUACCAUUACUUGGUAAUCCAAAGGAAUUUUAUAAAUUAAUUAAUAUAGUUUCAAACAUAAUACCAGAAUCUAAGUAUUUAUUUUGGAGUAUUGAGAAUAUAUCAAAUAAAUGUUUUAUUCCAAGAUCAAUGAUGAAUUCUAUAGGUGAACUAGUACCCCCAAUUAAUAGGGUAUUAGAUACAUUUUUAGAUAAUUUAGCUAAUAAUGAUAUAGAAGGUUUGAAAUUUUUAAGUUGCUGUAACAUGCAUAAUACAGAUAAGAAAAAAACACCACAGUUCCUUAUUAUUGACAUUUUAAGAAGGAAGAAUGGAUAUAAUAAGUAUAAAAUUUCUCAAAUUCAUAAUAAGUCUUCUUUAGGAUUUUCUUUACCAGAGACUAAAAAUACAAUGGUUAAUUAUAUUAAUUAUUUAUAUUGUGAUAGAGUGUGUAGUUUUGUUUUUGGUGGAAAAAUGUCGGUAUAUAUGAAUACUUCGCUAGAUAGUGAAUUUCUUGGAAAUACUAUAAUAUUACCAAUAUGUUAUAAUUCUAUUGAAUUACUAGAAGUUAAUGAGGAGAGUUUAGAGAAUCAAAUAGCAGUUUAUUAUUGUGGUCUAUCAUGGAUUGAUGAGAAUACAGUAAAAAGCUUUGUAAAUAUAAAUAAAAAUAAGAUAAUACUAGAAAAGAUUGAUUUUUUUUAUUUUAAUAUGAAUAAUAAUUUAUCUUCAUUAUUUGUAGAAAAGCAAGGUAUCUGGAUUUUUGGAUUUGUAACAUUCAAAAAAAUUCAAACUGAAUAUCCUAAUAUUACGAGUAAGAUAUUUAAUAAAUAUAAUCAAAUUCAUGAGAAUUUUAAAUCUGAAAUUAUAAUUUUAGAUAUUUCAGAUACUCAGUUGUUUAACUGUAUUGGAGAGUAUGAAAGUCCUAUUUCAAUAUUUGAGUUAUCUAAGAUUAUUAAAUACAACACAAGUAAAGGUAACAAUGUUUUUCAACAGAAUACACUUUCUAACUUUUGUUAUAGUAAAAUAGAAGAUAGCUUAGUAAAUUAUAAUAAUACUGGAACAUGUAUAAUAAAGGGAGAUAAUAACAAGCUAUAUGAUAUUGAGCUAUUAAAUGAUCCUAUUAACAAAAUAACAUAUGAAAAUUUAGUUCAAAAAAAGUUAAAGAAUGAGGAUAUAAAUAUAGAUAAUAUUCAUAAAUCUGAUUUGGUCAACAUUGAUAACAAGUCUUAUCUGGAACUUGUAGACUUGACUAACUUAAUGAUUCAGAUUCAACAUGAACCUGAAAUUCAAACAAAUUAUAGUGACUUAGCACUUUCUAAAAAUGAAGAAAUAGAAUUACCACUUAUUUGGGAAAAUAUAGAUAUAUUAGGCUUGGAAUAUAAAGAGUUAACUAAUAUUGCUAAAUAUAUCUUAAUAUAUAGAUGGAAUAAAAUAUUAGAUAAUAAAUCAGAAUUAAAUGAAGAUAUUCUAAAAUGGAAUAUUAACAUUACAACAAUAGAAAACUUUGUUUUCAUUCUCGAUAAAUACUAUCAUAAAAAAAAUGCAUUUCAUAAUUUAUAUCAUGCCGUUACUGUUGCGUUAGUACUUAAUCAAUGGCUUGAUGAUGAAUCAAUUCGUUUACUUUUUAAUUCAUUUGAAGCUUAUUGUUUAGUUAUUGCAGCCUUAGGUCAUGAUAUUGAUCAUCCUGGAGUAAAUAAUGAAUUUCUCCAUAAAUUACAAGACAAAUUUAUUAGUGAAAAUUAUAUAAAUAAUAUAUUAUCAACACUUGAAAUAUAUAAUAGAUAUUCUACACUAGAAAAUCAUCAUUCAGCACUAUUAUUAACUAUAUUAAAUUCAAAAUCUUGUAAUAUUAUACCUCCAAAGAAUUCACCAUAUUAUUUAAUUGCAAAAAGAAUAAUUACAAGAGCAAUUAUGUAUACUGAUAUGGCUUUCCAUAAUAUUUUGAUUGAAGCUCUUCAGGAUUUUAUAGGUUUAUAUGCAUACCACCUUCAAAAAGAUAAUCAAGAUAGUACAUAUCAAAGUAUUUCAAUUGAUAUUGGUAUUCAAUUACCUAAUUAUAGCUUUUAUAACAAAAAAACUACCUAUGAUUCCUAUAUAUUUACAAAAAAACAAUUAUAUGAAAUUACACUACUACAUGCUGCUGAUAUUUCAAAUCCUCUAUUAAAUUAUGAUAUAUAUAAAAAGUGGACUGUUCUUAUUUUCGAGGAAAUUGAACAGCAAAUUAAUUUAGAGAAAUCUCUUGGAUUAAGUGAUAAAACAGGUGAAAUAGACUUAGGUACAAUGCAAAUUGGUUUUAUAGAUGCAAUAUGUUCACCUUUUUUCACUUUAAUGAAUAAUAUUAGUCCCAAUAUAUUUAAGGAAUCAAUACAAAAUUUGGAAUUAAAUAGACAACACUUUUUGCAGACAGAAUAA